AUGCUUGAUUUUCAAGAUUCAACGCCAUCUGAUAUUGAUCAAAUGAUUAUAUCAAUCGAUGAUACAUCAGAUGAUCAUCUCGAACCUAUUGGCAAUAUUGAAAAUUCUAAUAUUCAACAAUACCAUGGAAAGAGGUCCAGAAUUUCUCGCCGUAAUUUUAACAUUCUUGGAAUGACCUCCUCAGAAGAGCCUAGCAUAUGCCCAAAUGUUCAUCUCCUUGCUAAAAAUUCAGAAGAAUCUACACAAUUAAAUAUUUCAUACAGUUCUUCUGCUGGCUCAAGUUAUUCUGUAAAUUUGUUAAAAGGAAAGUCAACAAAUGCACCAACAGAGACAAGUCAACUUUCUGAACAACUUAUGGUCCAACAGCUAUAUUUCUAUGACAUUGAACAUGAAUUCGAGAAUCGCAUUGUUGACUCAAUCAGAAUGGAUCCUUCUAUUAUUGCCCAACUUAUGGAUCUCCUUCGUGUAAAUCCAUAUUCAACAUUUUUUCGAUCUAUUGGUGAUUUGCCAAAUUUAGAAUAUCAAAAAAUCUGUAUAAAAUCAGAUCCUGGUUUAGAUCAACGGGUGUUUAAUGCCCCAACAUCAUCAGAAGUUGCAGCUAUUUGGGUUGAAAAUGAUGAUUCAGAACAUUUAACACCUCGUGAUAUUUUCAUAUUUAAUCAUAUUGGCGGGAGUCAUUUAGUUCAAUAUUAUUUUGGAUGCUAUGAUCCGCUUCAAUAUCCUCUGUUGUUUCCUCUUGGAGAUAUUGGAUGGCACCAAGGCAUACAAAGAAUUAACAAAAGAAUUGCAUCUGUAUCUGCCAAUAACUGCACAACUCAAUUAAUUGAUCCUCAUCGAUCAACAUCAGCAGAAGAAUUACUCAGAAGAGAAGAACAAGUUUUAAAGAAAAAGAGAAAAGAUCCCAUUGUUUCUUGCCGUGAAUAUUACUGUUACAAGUUGCAAAUUAGAGAAAAUCUGAAAUCUAUCCUUCUAAUCUCUGGCCGACUUCUUCAACAAUUUGUUGUUGACAUGUAUAUCAAGAUAGAGACUUCAAGGUUAGAUUAUUUUCGUUGCAAUCAACAACAUAUUCGAUCUGAAUUAUAUCAAGGCAUUGUUGAUAGCAUUAAUCUUGGAGAAACAAAUGCUUCAAGAAUUGGCAAACGUAUAAUUUUGCCUUCAUCUUUUAUUGGAGGCCCAAGAGAUAUGCAAAAAAGAUAUUUAGAAGCAAUGGCUUUAGUUCAACGAUAUGGCAAACCAGAUAUUUUUUUGACAAUGACAUGCAAUCCAAAUUGGAAAGAGAUCUCAACUCAAUUGUUACCACAUGAGGAAACCCAAAAUCGACCUGACUUAAUUGCUCGAAUUUUUAGAGCAAAAUUAGAGGAUCUGAAGUAUGAAUUAUUCAAACGAGAAAUAUUUGGAAAAAUCUCAGCAUAUGUUUAUGUUAUUGAGCACCAAAAAAGAGGACUUCCACAUGCCCAUUUCCUGAUUAUAUUGCGUCAAGAUUGGAAAUUAUACGCACCAGAAUCUUUUGAUGAGAUCGUAUCUGCUGAAUUACCUGACAAAGACAACAACUUACAUCUCUAUACAGCUGUUGUUAAGCAUAUGAUGCAUGGCCCAUGUGGAGUUCUAAAUCCAACAAAUGUAUGCAUGAAAAAAAAUGGUUGUUGCAAAAAUAAUUACCCAAAACAGUUUGUCUCAAACACUGUUGUUGGAAAUGAUUGCUUCCCAAUAUACAAACGCUGCAACAAUGGAAGAACAGCCAAAAUCAGAGGACAUGAUUUAGAUAAUCGUUGGGUUGUUCCAUAUAACCCUUAUUUACUUGCAAUGUUUGACUGCCAUAUUAAUGUUGAGAUAUGUUCUACAAUAAAAGCUGUCAAGUAUCUUUACAAAUACAUUUAUAAAGGCCAUGAUCGUAUUGCCUUCAAUCUGGUUUCUGAACAAAGCACUCAACAGAUUGAUGAAAUUGAAAGAUUUCAAUCAGCUCGAUGGAUUACUCCACCAGAGGCUAUGUGGAGAAUAUUUGGCUUUAUUAUCAAUGAGGUUCAUCCAGCAGUCUAUAGCUUACAUUUACAUCUUGAAAAUCAGCACCAGGUUACUUUCCGUGCACAUGAAAACUUAACAAAUGUGAUAAACUCUGACUUUUCAGCAAAGUCAAUGCUGACUGAAUUUUUCGCAACAAAUUAA